AACGACAAUACACGGCAAGUGAGGUUUUGAAAUGGCAGAAGGAGGGAAAUCUGAUCUCAAAGAUGAAACGCUCCCAAAUCAAGCUAAGCGGCUCAUAAUUGGCUUACCCAACUUCGAGUAUCAACUUGAACAAUACUGUUCGUCUGGACGCCAGCACAUGACCAUCCUGCUGUGCGGAAAAACAGGUGUAGGUAAAUCGCAUUUGACGAACGCGCUCAUUGGAAAACGUCUGGCCAAAGAAGGCGAAGAUCUCGAUCCAGAAACAUAUGAGGUAAAACCUUACAACUUCAUAAUGAACGGCGUGGGCAUAACGGUAGUAGACACCCCUGGGUUAGCAGAUGGCAGUGGAAACGAAGAAGUGUAUCUGCAAAGAGUCAAAGAGGAAGUAACCGGUUUCGAUGCAUUCAUUUUCUGCACUGAGAUGAAUACUCACCGAAUCCGGAACGAGGACAUUAAAACGAUCCAGAAGCUAGCUGAAGCCUUCGGUCCAGAGCUUUGGAAGCACGCUGUUGUGGCACUAACAUUUGCCAAUGAAGUUCACCCACCACCCAGCAAGAGGGACGUGAUGGAACAGGAGUUUUUUGAUGACUACCUGCGAAAAUUUAAGAGGAAGAUUCAACAAGUCCUAUUAGACGUUGGAGUACCAGAGGAGACAAUGAUCAAAGUGCCAUUCGUACCCACUGGAGAUUUGUGCGAGCCUCAACUACCGGGUAUCGAAAACUGGAUCGUGUGUUUCUGGAUUGCAACAUUCAAACGCCUAAACAGAAGUGCACAACCUACGUUUCUCCUUGCAAAUAUCAACCGUUUUAAUUACGAUUCAGGGAGAGAAGGAAGUGUCUCACCAGGAAUUAGCCUGCCACGACCUGAGUUAAAGGAGGAAAAUAAGCAGCAAAAGCCACUAAAGAGAAAAAGCUUCCAGGGAUUUCACCGCGUUAAUCGAGGUCAGCGGCCGUGGGAUGACCAAAACGCUGAGAUUAAUAGCAACCGUCGUGUACUAAACAGAAGCCAAUCGAUGAAUGAAGGAAAACAACGAACACCUCAAGAAACGUUGCCCAAGCCAAAACCCAAAGCGAAGAGAUCAAGUAAUGAGCAAGGUCCAGAUACUGACACCAUUGUUGGCAUUGACCUAGAUGAGGCAUCUGCUGGCGAGAUAAUGAUGGAAAUUCUUGAUGAGGUCGGUAUAGAGGACAACAAAAUACGGGGUGACUUCAUUCGGCCUGGAACUGGCAAUCUUUUGUCUAUUAUAUUCGAGUGGUUUAUGACCUUCUUCAAAAAGUGGCUACUAAGAGAACCUUCAACAACCAACGAGGCUGUAGAAGAAGAGGAAUCACAGGAACAAGAGGGCAACUGAAUAUUGAUUUACGAUCUGCAUAGGAAACUUUCCCAGUAGAGAAGAAGUCUCCAAUCAUUUAAGUUUGAUGAAUUUUAUAAGAAGCUUUAAACUUUUUAAAACUUUUAAACUUUAAUGAUAAAUACUCCCAAAAAAAAGGUUUUUCAGUACCUAUUUA